AUAAGAAAUUUGAAUGGCAACAUUGUAUACAACUGUCAUCGACGUCAACAGGCAAUUUCAGAUAAAUUUUCGCUCGUUUUGAAUAUUUAAUAUUAAAAAUGGAGGCUCUAUUCGCCCUACCGUUCACAGUACUUGAAAUUCCUAAUAUUAAAAUCAAAAAGCCGACAUGGCUUCAAGCGCCGUCCGCAAUGACAACUUUCUCAUUGGUGCUGUUAUCGUACUUUUUGGUGACGGGAGGCAUUAUAUAUGACGUGAUAGUUGAGCCGCCAAGCGUCGGAUCGACAACAGACGAGCACGGUCACAGCAGGCCAGUAGCGUUUAUGCCGAACCGGGUCAACGGCCAGUAUAUCAUGGAGGGAUUGGCAUCGAGCUUCCUGUUCUCGCUGGGCGGACUAGGGUUCAUCAUCCUGGACCGCACACACAACCCUUCCACUCCUAAGUUGAACAGGAUCUUAUUGAUCUCAGUAGCAUUCUUGUGUAUCCUAGUUUCUUUCUUCACAACCUGGAUAUUCAUGAGAAUGAAACUGCCAGGCUAUUUACAGAACUGAUCUGCUAACCACUUAGAGAACUAAGCAAAUUUUUUUAUGUGUACCUUUAUUUGGGCUGUACACCAAUAAGUUAAUAAAUAUUUUUAUACUUACCAAA